ACCGUCAGAGGGAAAACACAUCCUCCCAAUCCUGCCUUCUGGUCGGUCAAUUGCUUCUCUCUCAUGUGCAUAUCUUCACUCUAUUCCCAGGGUUCACUUUCAAAAUCAGCUGUUUUUAAGUUUCUCAGUGAUUCUCACUCGCACUUUUGAUCAAAUUUCUGGGUAUGCCUCAUGAUAUGUCAUUUAGACAGCUUCGGUGUAGUUUGAUAUUCAAAUCGGAUUGAGUAAUCAGUGAGAUGGCUUCCAUAUUGUUUAGAGGGGUUCAAGCCCGCCCUUUCUUGCUCUACCCAUCUGCAUUGUUCGGAAGAAAAAGUGGUGUUUUGUAUUGUACGAUUAAAGGCCCACAAACCCAUACUGCGGCACCUGAAAACAAACAACCUCAACUGAAAGUAUCACCACAAACCAAGGCCAAGGUACUUGAUAAAAUCUCACAAGAUUAUGAAGCAAUCAUUGGUAUAGAAACCCAUGUUCAGCUCUCCACACUGACCAAGGCUUUUUGUAGUUGCCCUUACAAUUAUGGGUCUCAACCAAACACCUGUAUUUGCCCCAUCUGCAUGGGUCUGCCCGGCACAUUGCCGGUUUUGAACUCAAAGGUCAUUGAGUUCGCAGUGAAAGUGGGUCUUGCACUCAAUAGUAAGUUGUCUUUGAACUCCAAGUUUGAUAGGAAACAGUACUUCUAUCCGGACCUUCCAAAGGGGUACCAAAUAUCUCAGUUUGACAUUCCAAUCGCUAGCGGUGGAUAUGUUGAUUUGGAUCUUCCAGUUGAGUUUGGUGGUGGGCACAGGAGGUUUGGCAUUACCAGGGUCCAUAUGGAAGAGGAUGCUGGGAAGCUGCUUCAUUCAGGAAACGGGAGUUACUCACAGGUUGAUCUGAAUAGAGCUGGAGUGCCGUUGCUUGAAAUUGUUUCGGAACCUGAUAUGAGAAGUGGUAUCGAAGCUGCUGAGUAUGCAGCAGAAUUACAGAGGUUGGUUCGUUAUUUGGGGGUGAGUAAUGGUAAUAUGCAAGAAGGUUCACUUCGCUGUGAUGUCAAUGUCUCAGUUAGACCAAUUGGGCAACUAGAGUUUGGCACAAAGGUCGAGAUAAAGAAUUUGAACUCAUUUUCAGCAAUGAACAGGGCCAUUGAUUUUGAAAUUUCCAGGCAGGUUUCACUACAUAGUCAAGGCCAGAGUGAUCAGAUUGUACAGGAAACUCGACUCUGGGAAGAGGGUGGUCAGAAAACAGUUACAAUGAGAAAGAAGGAAGGUCUUUCUGAUUAUCGAUAUUUCCCUGAGCCUGAUCUUCCAGAAGUAAUUCUUACUGAGGAUUAUGUUGGUAGCAUUCGUAGUUCUUUACCAGAACUUCCAGAAUUGAAGCGCCGUCGGUAUGAGAAAAUGGGGCUAAGCAUGCAGGAUGUUCUUUUCCUUGCCAAUGAUGUUAAUGUUGCAGGUUUUUUUGAUGCAACUAUUGGAAAGGGUGCUGAUGUGAAGCUGGCUGCCAAUUGGAUAAUGGGUGAUAUUGCUGCCUACAUGAAAAAUGAAAAAUUGUCUAUAAAUGAAAUUAAACUUACGCCACAGGAAUUAGCAGAGCUGAUAGCUUCCAUAAAAGGUGGGACUAUUAGUGGGAAGAUUGGGAAAGAGAUACUUUUUGAGUUAAUAGCCAAAGGGGGAACAGUCAAGGGACUGAUAGAAGAAAAGGAUUUGGUUCAGAUUGUAGAUCCUGCUGAGAUUGAAAAAAUGGUAGAUAAAGUGCUCGUUGAGAAUCCAAAGCAGCUGGAACAAUAUCGUGGGGGCAAGACUAAGCUACAAGGUUACUUUGCUGGCCAGGUAAUGAAAGCAUCAAAAGGAAAAGCAAAUCCAGGGCUUUUGAACAAGAUUCUAUUAGAGAAAUUAAAUGCCAAAAGUUGAUAAUUCACAGAAACACAUAUCUUGCCCUUAACUUCACCAAUGAUAGCAGUCUGGAGACCUGGUGGUCACGGGUAUUUUGAUUACCAUGGGUAGAAGCAGACUGUAAAUUGGAUCUGAGUCUUGAGCUUCCUCUUCUGGAUUCCCAUAAUACUCUGCAGCAGCAUGCAGUUUUACCCAAGCCAUGCAAAGUAUGGAACUGUCUGGAAGUAAAUAGGUUGCCAUUUUACUUAUUCCCCUAUGAGUUUCAUUAUCUUCCCAUGUUAGUCAGUGGGGUGAGUUAAACAUUGAACUGUAAUUCCCUUUUGUAUUAUAUCUAUUUAUUCACUUUUUAAGAAUGCAUUAUGUUCUUAACUUUGGCCA